AUGGCGUUUCCAAACAAGUACACACACCGCAAGGUUGCCGAGACCUCGGCCAAGUCAUGCGAGAUUUGCUACAAGCCCAGCUCCAGUGUCCUGAUCACACCGGACAGCAAAGACUGGUUCUACGUCUGUCCUUCUCAUCUCAAAGACACAGGCUUCUGCACCCCCAAGAUCGACCAUGCCGCCAUCGAAGCGCGCAAGAAGAAGGAGCUGGAAGACGAGAUUGAGCGGGUGAAGAAGGAGUACGAAGAGAAACAGAAGAAGAAGAAGGAAAAGGCAGAGAAGAAGGAGGACAAGGAGGACAAGGACGACAAGGACGAGAAGGAUGACACCAAAAAGACAGAUGACAAGGACAAGGACAAGGCGGCAGCAACGGUUAGAUCCGCCAACUCUCCCGCCUCCUCCUCCCUCCUCCCCCUGGCGGUGUCGUGUCGUGUGCCUGUGCUAACGGUCUUGCAGAAAAAAGAGGAGACAUCAGCUUCACCAGCCGAGGAGGAAGAGCCUCGCGUGUUUGAACUCAAACCCACCUUUUUCCAACAGCGGCUGUUCAAGAAGAGGCAAGCCGAGAUCGCCAAACGGAACCGAGAAAGACUGCGCGAUCCAAACUAUUUCCCUUCGGUGCCCAAGAACUUGCCUUGAUAUUGCUGCGUGGUCCGCUGCAAUCUCCGACGGCGAAUAUGCAGAAGAUGAUCAUCGUCCUUCACGUGUAGGUGUCUGUGUAUCUUCAGGGCCGACGGUAUCCACCUCAACCACAACCACAAAUCUUGGUUCAUUGUUGCACGGAGAAAACGGUGCUGGAUGAUGGAUUCAAGUUCGCACUCCUGGACCACUCAGAGACGUGGUUCCCAGAAGGGUAACAAUUCCCACUCGGCAAAGAGGAGGGGGGCAAACAGGGGUUUUGAGAGAAGAAAAAGGUUACCGAACCGAGUGCCCUGCGGCGCAGCAAAAGAGAGAGGCCACCACCGUAUUGCCUAACUGUUGUUGGCAGUUGUUGCUGCUGCAACUCAUAUCCCGCACACCGUUUUUGGGUCGUGCAGCCAUCCAAGCAGAUGGGGUGUGUGAGCUAAUGCAGCCCUCCUUCUUCGUAGGGCAGGAUAGGGCAGGAUAGGGCAGGCAAAAGAAUGCCAGGGUUUGCUGCACAGGGCGAGUAGAGAAGUAGGGGGGGUGCCAACAGCGAGGAGCAUGACUGAGAGUUGAUGGGUUAGGGUUACACGGAUAAAAUCGAGACGUUUUUCUCGAACCACCAACCACGCAACAUACAUAUAUACCGAAUACCCUGUCCCAUGGCACUUGUGCGAGCGGUUCAACCCUUUUUACACCAUCGCGUAGGGGCCGAAUGCGAGGUGCUUCUCUCGCAGGCCUCUUGGGGACCGAGGCGAGAGCAACAAAGACAGGAACGAAAAGGUUCAGGCACUGACUGACUGGCAUUCUUGUUGGGGGCCAUCCUGGGGAGAAUUGGUGGUUUCUGCCGAGUUUUGGGCAACCCUGUUGGCGAUCCCCCAGUCUUCUCUGAUUUUUUUUCCCCCUGCUUAUAUGCAAAUAGUAUAUUUUGCCGUGCCCCUCUGCCUUGUUCAUGUUUCCUUGGACGUGGGGUUUCUCUUUGCUGAGUCGAGUUGCUGCUGCGCCGUUGGCCUGCUUCUUCUUCCUU